ACCAAGCUUUAUAAUUUUUGACAGAAUAUGGAAGCUGGCCAGACUAGCGAUAUCGCUGAGACACCACCAGCAAAUCCGGCUCCGUCUGAGUUCAGACGAGUUGAUGUAAGCGAAACCAGCUUUACAACACUCUAUGAUGGAUCAGAGAAAGACGGGAAAGAUGCGAUAGUCGAUAUCAUCUUUGUUCAUGGACUCGGCGGUAACCCAGAGACGACGUGGUCCACCUCAAAGCCAUCGCACGAAACAUUCUGGCCGGCCGAAUUUCUCCUCGCUGCGUUUCCUUGCACUCGUAUUCUCACCUGGGGAUAUGACUCAAAAGUAACCCUCUUCUUUUCGGGCUCCGUAGACCAGGGUAGCUAUUACUCUCAUACAAAAGAUUUACUCUAUGACGUCAAUGAUAUUAGGGCAACCAAUAGUAGACCUAUCGUCUGGAUUGCUCACAGCUUGGGAGGUAUCAUUGUGAAAGAGGCCCUCCUUCGUGCACAAUCUGGCUUGGGAGAUAAUUCACUAAAGGAUAUAUAUGACUCCACCAAACAAGUUCUAUUUCUUGGUACACCGCAUCGCGGAAGCUCUAUGGCGUCGUGGGGCAUCCUAGCUGAGCGAAUUGUUAAAGCUGCCGGGUUCGAUACGAAUGCUGUGAUCUUAAAACAGCUUACGACCCAGAGCCCAGCGUUAGGGAACCUCAACGAACGAUUCAUCAGCCUCUUAAGGAGUCAAGAUUUUGAUGUUGUAACAUUUCAGGAAGCUAAGGGAAUGGAAGGCAUGCGUGGUCUUAAUGGCAAGGUUGUAGAAGAUUUUUCUUCCACCAUUGCUGAUGAACGACAAAGGACUAUCCCAGGAAAUCACAGCGAGAUGUGUAAAUUUUCGAGCAUACAGGAGACUGGGUAUCGCCGCAUUGAAGCGGAACUACGCAGAGUUAUUCUCAAGAUCCAGGAAAUAGCAGGAAAUGGGGCGUUGGCGCAAGCAGGAAGUUCGUCCACAUUUCGGUCACAUUAA